AAUGUAAAAGAAUCUUAUUUAUCCGUGAUAUCAACUUACACGUGACCAUGAUUACUUAAUUGAUUACACAUUCAAAGUUAUAUAUAUAUAUAUAGAGAGAGAGAGAGUGUGUGAUAGUCUCUUAUGCCCUUACUAUUCUAAUUAACUUCUAGUUCCUAAAUUCCAACAAAAUUAGAUCAUUUGGCAGGGCUAGGAGAAAUGGAAGUUGAGCAAGUUCUUCAUAUGAAUAGAGGGGAAGAUCAAACUAGCUAUUCAAACAACUCCUUACUUCAAAAGCUGGUUAUUCUCAAGGUGAGAGCCAUUCUUGAAAAAGUCAUACAAAGAAUUUGUCAUUUAGGGUUUCCAGAAUGUAUAACUUUAGCUGAGUUGGGAUGUUCUUCAGGGCCAAAUGCAAUAUUACCAAUAGCUGAAAUGGCAGAGAUUGUUGACAAAUUAAGCCAAGAAUUGAAUAUUCAAAAGCCUCUUAAUAUUCAAGUUUUUUUGAAUGAUCUUGUUGGCAAUGAUUUCAACACUGUUUUCAAACUCCUGCCUAGUUUUUAUAAACAGAUCCAAAGAAAGAGGGGAUUAGCUUCAUGUUUCAUUGGAGCUAUGCCUGGUUCAUUUUAUAGCAGGCUUUUCCCUCAACAUUCUGUUCAUUUGGUGCAUUCUUCUUAUAGUCUACAUUGGCUAUCUCAGGUUCCAAAAGGGUUGGUGACUGAAUCUGGUUUUCCACUGAACAAAGGCAACAUUUACAUAGCAAAAACCAGUCCUCCUAGUGUUCAUGAAGCUUACUUGACUCAAUUUCAAAAGGAUUUUACUAAUUUUCUUAGUAUGCGCACUGAAGAGAUGGUAAGUUGUGGGAGUUUAGUUCUUACUUUCAUCUGUAAAAGUGAUGAAAAUGAUGGUUGUGAUUUCUGGGAAUUGCUUGGAAUCACUUUGAAUGACAUGGUCAUUGAGGGGUUGGUUGAAGAAGCCAAGUUAGACAAGUUCAAUCUUCCACUAUAUGCACCUUCUACAAAAGAACUAAAACAAAUUAUUGAGAAGGAAGGCUCUUUCAAACUAUUGCACCUUGAGACAUUUAAACUCAAGUGGGAUUCAAACAUGGCUAGUGAUAGUGAGACAAACAUGGCUAGUGAUAGUGAGAAAGAAGCAAUAUUAUUUGAUGAGAAGAGUAAGGCCAAAUAUAUAGCUGGAAAUAUGAGAGCAGUUCAAGAAUCCAUAUUAGUAGAACAUUUUGGAGAAGAAAUUAUGGAUGAUUUGUUUAAAAGAUAUGGCAAGAAAGCAAUAGAGUACAUGAAGAAUGGGAAAGGCAAUAUUAACAAUGUGGUUAUGUCUCUCGUCAAACGAAAUGAGAAAGAGGAAGUUGUUCCCGUGUGACCUAUAAGUUAUGGGUUCGAGUCGUAAAAGCAUCCAUUAAUGCUUGUAUUAGGGUAUACUUUCUACAUCACAACUUUUGAGGUGAGCCCCUUUUCCCGACGCUAACAAAACAAAAAAUAGAGAACCUUUCAAAAAGGAGUGCUUUACCUCCUUAAUAGAUUUAUCCGGCACGAAUUAAUUGGUUAAUAAUAAUAGAGAAAUUGAGAAAUUGUUUAAAUAUUCACUUUUUAUUUCCAGUAAAGCAGUUGUCGAGCUUGAUGUAUUAUUUGUUAUGAGUACACAAUAAAUUAAAGAUUUGUGGAAAUUGCAUUUAUAAUUAGUUUCAUGGUUCCUCUGCUCUGGAACCAACCCUCCCCCAUUUCUCCAUAAUGCAGCCAUUUUUUGCCACAA